CCCUUUCCCCUCUUUCCAUUUCUAUUUCUUCGUGAGGCUUCUCUCCUCUCUCUCUCUCUCUCUCUUUCUCUUCGUUCUCCAUUAAUCUCUUUCCCUUCCUCUCCUCGAUCUCGCUCAAAAGCUUCGAUUUUGGGAGCCAUGGCGGAGGUUGCGGCGAAGGGGAGCCUCCUCUCGCCCUAUGGGCGCCGCUCUACGGGGGUCUUGUGGCGUAAAAGGGGCCCCUUUUGCGUUGGGUUCCCUCGUUGUUCCCCCUCUUUGGGGAUCGACCAUGGGAGGGGGUCUUCGUGUAGUAGUGGUGGGUUUCAUGGUGGGAGAUUGGUUUUGGGUGAUCGGAAUGGAAAACCCGUGAACAGGAUCGCCGUUUCCUCCCCUGUACAGAUGAAUCUGUGUUUUAGUAAGGCACUGAAAUGGUGGGAGAAGGGGCUUCAACCCAACAUGAAGGAGAUCGAAUCGGCGCAGGAUCUUGUCGAUUCGCUAUUGAACGCUGGCGACAAGCUCGUGGUCGUCGACUUCUUCUCGCCGGGCUGCGGCGGCUGCAGAGCCCUUCAUCCAAAGAUUUGCCAAUUUGCUGAGAUGUACCCUGAUAUUCUUUUCCUCCAAGUGAACUACGAGAAGCACAAAUCCAUGUGUUAUAGCUUGAAUGUUCAUGUUCUCCCCUUCUUUAGAUUCUACCGGGGCGCGCAGGGUCGCGUUUGUAGCUUUAGCUGCACAAAUGCAACUAUUAAGAAGUUUAAGGAUGCGUUGGCGAAGCACAUGCCGGAAAGAUGCAGCCUUGGACCAACAAAAGGCCUUGAAGAAUCCGAGCUUUUGGCUCUCGCCGCGAACAAGGAUCUAUCAUUCAAAUACACUAAGAAGCCCGAACUAGUCCCCGCCCCGAAAGAGCUCGAGGAGAGAGUUCACGCAGAGAUUCCUCUCUCCUCAACUCAGAGAACCGCCAUGGGUUCUAAGGAGGAGCUCGUCGCUUCGGGUUCUUCGUGAAACAAUAAUGAUAAUGGCGAUAAUGGUGCAUUAGAUCCUCAGCCUCCUCCUCUUCUUCUUCUUCUUCUUCCUCUUUGUACAGAUUUUAGCUUUUUACUAAGUGUUGUUUGUGAUUAUGUACAACUAUUUGUAUGGUGUGAGAUCUUAGUGUAGAACUCCCUUUCGACUGCAAAUCUUAUGGUUGUAGCAAUGUGGGCUCAAGCUCUUUUUUUUUUGUAAGUUUUAAGAGCCUACUGAGUAUUUGUGCUACAAGAGAUGAGAAAGGAGAGCAAUGUUAAUCUCCUUGAGGAAUUUAAUUGUUCCUCUUAUGUAUUGAAUCAUAUAUAGAUCCUGGCUUUCAAUAUAAUUAGCUGCUUCCCUUUAUCAAAGAA